UCCGAUCCAGGCUUACAAAUACAGCACUUCUUGAGUCACCGUUGAAGGCGUUGAGGCGUUGACUCCCUUGGAGUCUAAAACUUACAGUCAAAUUCGCUGUGUCACCUUUUAUCUUGCAUAAAGGUGGUUGCAGGUUCAAUGCACUCAUUCAAAUUCGGAUCUUUCCCAUCAUUUCGCCUUCCAAAUCCUCUACUCAAGUGAUACUAUGACGUUCUUCGCUGGUGCCACCAAUUUCAGUAUCAACAAUGGUCCUGGUGGGAAUGGUCCGAUAUUUCAACACUUUCGCGGUGAUUGUCACUAUAUCUAUCAUUCUUCGUCUGUGAGGCAGAGCAGAACAACUGUUUCGAGUAGACCACUGGACUCAUCAAGACGCCACAAUGAAUCCUUAGGAAAUCUUCCUUCAACCAUAAGUAAUAGUCGAAGUGAAAGACUGGGAAUAAAUAGGAGCGAAUCCAAUGUUCACAAUCAUGUAGUGACAUAUCCACUCUAUGACAGCUCUGGGACCAAUGGAACAAGUUCGCCCCAGCCUAGCCGUCAAAUAGGCGGUAAUAGAAGAAGACAAUCUCAAAUUCGCCAAGAUACCCCUUCGUGGACCGAAUUGACUAGUCACGAUUAUUCAACCGAUACAGAGCGGCUGGAAUACUACAACGUCAAUGUAGGGCCCCCGGAUUGGAUUCACAACGCUCAAGACAAUAGACUCUCGACAUCUUUGCGUACUCGCGGAAAUCGGAUUUCAACCUAUGACCAGGAGAGAGAACAAUAUCGCAGGAGUAGAGAGCGUUAUCAUUUAGAAAGGGAACAAUACCGCCAGGAAAGAGAACGAUAUCGUCUGGAAAGAGAACGUGGCCGUCUUCAGAGAGGACAAAGCGGAACCUUACCCAACUUUAGCAUCAAUGGCGGUGUGUUCAACGUCGUCAACGGAGGUGUACAAUCUUCCGGACAGGGGGCAUUCGUAAAUCGGGACCACUCCAACCGUCUCCAUCACCACCUCGCAGAGCCAUGGCAAAACUAUUAUGGAAAUCCCGAUGAUUAUAUCCAGGUAGACGAAGACUAUAUUCCACCAGGGAUGUUUGAAGAAAAUGUCCAGCGGGAUCCCGAGAUUUUAUAUGAGGCCCCUGCUCCUUCGUAUGCAGAGAGCGCGUUGGACAUAUUGCUUGAAUCUGGAGGCCGCAAGACUGAGGAAGGUGGAAGUUCGGAAGCUGAAACUCCGUUGUACACUGAGGAUGAUAUGGACCCUAUUUCUGCUUAUACUGAGGUUGAUACUAUGAUUUAAAAAUUGGUAUUCGGGUAUAUCCUGUUAAGAAUAUUUUAGCACUCGUUUACUGUCACUAUGUCACCUAUAAAAAUAUGCUGUACUGAUAACCUGCUACAUUAUUUCUCCAAUGGAUGCUCUUUUGAUGGACUUCCGUAUGUGCGUAUGCCUGAGCAUUGAUUAUCCUAUCCUAUCCUAUCCUCUGCCAGU